UUCAAGAUGACAGGAAGAGGGUUUCUUGAACUAGACACUCUACAGCAUGGAAUAUAUUUGGAAAGAUUUCAGCGGAUGGAACUCAUGCAAAAGAUAUUCAAUGAGCUUCCUAAAGCAGAUCAGAACCUUUGUAAUCAUGGAUCAUACUUCCUAGGAGCAAACGCAAGCUUAUGUGGCUUGGCAGGAAAUAACUUCUUCAGGAACAUCCUACACAUCCGAAGAGCUGCCAUUGUGUCUGCUCUGCCAAUGGCCGUGCUUCCAUUUAUUUCAACAGUAGCAGUUUAUGAAGUUUUUGUGCGUGAGCCUUUAUUUGCAGGUGACCUGAACUGUGAGGUCUGUGCUGUGGUCAGAGGAGGACUGGUCGGGGCUGUUGUGGGUGGUCUCUACCCUGUUUUCCUGGCCAUCCCCUUGAACGGAAGCCUUGCAGCCAGGUAUUCUUCAUCGCCCUUGCCAGGGAAAGAAAAUCUAUUACGCUUCUGGCUCAGCAUCUCUCAGCCUGUCUUCAGAAAGAUGAGCUUGGGUGUACUUGUACAGGUUCUAACUGGAUUGUUUCUUGCCACUAAACAUCAUGGAAUAUAUAUCAAAAUACUACAGCAGAUGAACUCUAGCAGGGAUCCUGAAGAGUUACAAGGAUGAAGUUAAGCAGCUUUUCAGUUGCCUUGGAUAAGUAAUCAUAAUAAACAA